GUCUCUAUAGGUUAUGGGCAUUAUCUUUUGACCAAAUUUGAACCAACUUCCUUUAUUUUUGCUAUGUCCGACUCAAUCUCAGGCGAAAGCCGUAAAAUGCGAUGGUCCAAACUACUUUGCAAUGGACCAAACUAGGACACAAAUGGUGGGCUCAUCUUAUUGCAGCCGCCAACACCGAGUACAAAGAUGAUGUUGAAGGUGUUCUACGCUACAAAUACGUUAAACGAGAAAUCCUCGCCAAGCAAAUCAGUACUCCGAUUCAUAAUCGCACACCUACCGCCGACACCGCUAAGAUAGAGGGCAUCAAUCGUUUCCGUCGUAAAGCCAAGACCAACGGCACAUAUCAACUCGCUAAGUCCCAAUUCCUCCGAUCCCUAUCGGAAGAUAUUCUCGAUUCCCUCACUGCGGAAGAACUCUCCGAGGAUAAAUGGGCUCUCCUUAUAUAUAUUCGUCGUGCUUUUGAGCAUAACUCAGCCACGGUCAACAACUCGAUCGCUUUCGAUUUACUGAAAUCCUUCUCUCCCAUUGACGAUGACAUGCUUCGCACCUGGUGCAAGCGUGUCACCUCCAUUGCUACUAUGGCAUCUAAACAGAACACGAUUUUCUCAGCUGUUUUCGUCCAGGGUAUAUCUAUCUCGGGCCUCAGCGCCGCGGAUAAGGAUGUCGCUCGCCAGUAUCUCCUUGACGUCCCCAACCGUGAUGACAUCUCCAUUUUAUUACUGUGCGAACGUAUUGGACGUUGGAACAAUGUCGCCCCAGUUGUAAACGACACCACACUUCCUGAGGCUGCCGCAACCUCUACCACCUCUGCCGUCAAGCAACCUCCGUCGGCUGAGACCCUCCUCCAUGGCCUCACCAACCGUCUUGAUGCCAUAGAGGCGUCACGUUCUUCCACUCGCCCGCCUACGCCCUGCUUCCACUUACUCACGAAAAUAGAAACCGCAAAAUCUCCCCUACUUCUGGCAGAUGACACUCAAUGUAUUAUUACCGAACGUGGUAGCUUAUCCACCUUAGGCAAUGCUUACCUCAGCCCCACGGUCCAGCAACAGCUAGUUUCUCAAAAUAAGCUGCAAGAUCACGUUUAUGACCUUCAUUUCCCCGCGAAACAGCACACCCGUAUUCUCUCACACGUCGAUAAUUCACUCACUGUCCCGCGCACCGACGGUGGUUAUCAGCUCUCCUAUGCUGACAUUACGUGA